CCUCAGUCCGUUACCUUAACAGUACCACCCACAGCCAUAACCGUGGCCGAGAGCAUCUAAAUAAACCCGCCAAACACUGAAUUUUCACUCCGCGGCUAACUCUUGAAAUCCAUAUUCUCAAUCUGAAUCUCCAUUUCACUGGCGGCCACCACCAUCGUGCUUCAAACCCUAGCCUCGUUGGUGCUGCCGUCACUGUAAUCUCCAUCUCUGGUGCCACAAACCCUAGCCCACUCCGGCAACCAUAAAAGGGUAUGAACUGGUUGGGAAAGGGAAGAAGCGCCUUUCUUUGUUGUUUGUCAUUCAGGGGUGAUCCAGCUGUCUUUUUAUUCCUUGUUUGUGGGUUGCGCUUGCUGUAAGGAGGUUUUUGACUUUUUGUUCAUACACCUAUACUUUGAGGAGAGCUGAUUAAAAAGUGAUGGACAAGGAAUGGACUAAACAUCCACGGUUUAGUAAAGAAUAUAUCAAUGGUGUUCAGUCAUUUUUAGAUUUUGCCUACACUAAAGGAAGACCUCAGGGAGAUGAGAUUUUAUGUCCUUGUACUAAGUGUAGAAAUUGCUGUUGGACUACAAGAAAUGUGGUUGCAGAUCAUCUAAUAGCCAAGGGUUUUCUAAAAGGUUAUGAUGUUUGGGUCCAUCAUGGGGAGCCAAUACGAAGACGAUUUCCUAUGGAAAUUGAUGAUGACAUGGAAGACCAAGAGUACUCAAAUGAUGACAUUGGUGGCUUAUUGUGCAACACUUUUAGAAGUGUGGCCGAAGAAGAGGGAGUUAGCGAGGGUCCUAAUGAGGAAGCCAGAAAGUUCUACGACUUGGUUAAUGAGGCGAAACAGGUAAUGAAAAAGAAAGCUAGCUUAACGAAGAAGAUGAAUGCUCAAGACAAGGGUAAAAGGAGUACUUCCCAUUUUGAACCACCUGAAGUAAGAUCAAGUGUAUCACGUAAGCAAUUUCUAAUCAAGCUUGCGAAGCUAAUAAACAAUCUUGGAGGAACUAAUGUAGAUAAGACUGAAAUUGGAGGACCCAGUAACAAUGAAUACCAAGAAAAAGGAAGCAACCGACCUUCGUUUAUGAUUGCAUCCCAAGAACAAUUCAACUUGUCUAACUCUGGAGCAAGUGGCCAAUCAAGUUUAAAUUCAAAUAAGGUGCUUCAUCCAACCAAAAAGAGGUCUGGCGUUGCUAAAAUGACACAACCUAAUGUUCCUGAUCAAAACCAAGAUCCAACAAACUUUGUGAAUGCAACUAAAAAGUUAUUGACAACAGAAGCUUUAAUGGCUAAGAGUAGACGAUGUAGAAAAUUUAUGAUUCAAAGCAAAGGAUCUAUACAGAUUCAAGAUCCCAAGAGGCAGCCCAUGAAAAAGGCAGCUGUUGACAAUUCAAGGAUAAAGCAAACUAUGAAAAAUUCAGUGGCUGGAGAUGAUAAUUCCAGGGCAAAGCAGCAGCCCAUGAGAAGGGCAGUGGCUGAAAAUGACAAUUCAAGGGCAAACAAGCAAUCCAUGGAUAGGGUAGUAGGUGAAAAAGACAAAACAAGGACAAGGAAGCAGCUUGAGAAUAGGGCAGUUCUUGAAGAUGAUAGGCCAAGGACAAUGCAGGAAAGCGCUAUGAAGAAGACAAAAAUACUCCCAAUGUGCCGAUCAAUGUUAAUUGAUGAGUUUCUUAAAGAAAAUGAAGAAGUUGGUGAAGAAGAGCUAGGUGAAGAAUGUUCUGAUGAAGAACAAAAUGUCGUGGGACAAGAAGAAAGUGCAUACCCAGAGGAAGGUGGCAAAACAAAAGGUAACAUUAUUGAAGGGACAAGUAAGAAAAGAACACGAGGACCAACACAAUGCUUAAAAAUACAUGCAAGACAUCACAAUGAUCGUCAUGAAGUUGUCUUAGAUGAUGAUGGAGAGCCAAUUGGUCCCACUGGUCAAAUCGUGUCUGACUUGAGUCAUUUCCUUGGCACCAUAGCAAGGAAUGCAAAAUUUUGUCCUUUGAUAUAUACAAACUUCAAAGCUUUGGUCAAAGAUAAUGAGGACCUUAUAUGGGGAUAUGUUAAUGAUAAAUACAUUAUUCCUGAAAAAGGAAGAAGAGCAGUAUUUUCUCGCAUAAAUGAUGCUUGGAGGCGAUACAAAUGCUGUACCAAAAGAAACUAUUUUUUGAAGUACUCUAGUAUGAAGGAAAGGUUAAAAAACCGUCCCACAACUAUACCCGAAGCUCAUUUCAAGCAAUUGAUGACUUAUUGGAGAAAUAGUACUAUCCAAAGCAUUAGCCAAACAAAUGCUAAGAAUAGGGCUAAGCUAAAGUAUAUACAUCGUACGGGACCAGUAAAUUUUGCAAGGAUUCGUGCACAAUUGCGUGCAACGAAGGAAAAUGGAGAGGAAGUUACGCAACCUGAAAUGUUCGUUGCGACUCGCCAAAGCCGAAAAGGAAAAGAAGUGGACAAGGAAACGCAAAGUGUAAUUCCUAAACUUCAAGAUUCUGUUAAGAACUCAAGUGAAUCUGAGACAUUUCAAUCAUUGUUCGGCAAAGAAAAGUCUGGUAAGGUUCAUUGCUAUGGAAGAACCGUCACACCAUCUAUGUUUAAAAGAAAAGAAGAAAUUGCUGCUAUUAAGAAACAACACUCUAAUGAAAUGACUAGCGUUAAGAGGGAGAUGGAAGGAUUGAAAAUGCUUGUGAAGAGCUUGUUGUUGCAACAAAACCCAAACUUCGAUGAAGAGGAGGUGAAUGAUAUAAUGGGAACUGCUUUAGGCAAUGAAAAUAGUGCAACUCCGCAUUCAUCUACAUCGAACCAUGUUCGUCAUCCUGAAAAGUGUUUUGCUCUGCAGUGUGCGGAGGAAGGAGACACUCCUCAAGGUUUAGAAGAAGAGUGUGAGGACGAAGAAGAUAUUCCUCAAGGUAUUGAAGAAGAGGAGGAAGUUGAAGAUGAUGAAGAUGAAGAAGAAUAAUGCAGAUGAGAUGUAUGGAAGCCAAUUAUAUUUUGUAUCUUCGAUGAUUUGCUCUGAACUUUGGUGAUAACUACUUUUAUCUUGAUUUAUAUUUUUAUGAUCUAUGGCAAAAUUUGGUAUAAGCCUGAACUAGUGACUUAUUUUAUCUUA